AUGGUUACCCGAAUCGGGGCUUUCGUUGGCCCCCAGACCCAGCUGGGCGAGUCACCUCUCUAUCGUGAGUUCGACAAUACGUUACAUUAUGUUGAUGUUAUCGGGAAAACGAUCAAUGUUUUGCAACUGGACGACAACUUGAAGCGACGCACUAUCAAUUGCCCGGAGCAUAUAACCUUCCUAGCGUUCCACAAGGACGGAGGGUAUCUCAUUUGCUCAUUCUCCUCCAUUGUGCACGUGUUGAAUGAUGGAACAUGGAGUGUUCUAAAGCAGGUGAUUCCAGACACGACCAAGGAACGACUUAACGAUGCCGGCAUUGACACUCAUGGGAGGCUGUGGGUAGGCAGUAUUGACCGAGUCACAGAGGCCAUACCAAAGCUGUCAGGUGGGGCGAAGGUAUACGAAGCAAAAGGCUCGAUUUAUCGAUAUGAUCCUGACGGCAAUCUUGUGGUUGCUCAAAAGGGUGGAGUGAUGGCUGGAAAUGGCCUGUGCUGGUCACCCGAUAAUAAGACCAUGUAUCAUGUUGACUCCUACAUCAAUGUGAGCUUGCUGGACAUUCACUUUGCUUACCACCAAGCUGACUCCGCACAGUCUAUUCAUGCCUACGACUUCGAUACCAUAGCAGGAACCAUUUCCAAUCGAAGACUUGUUCAAUGGGAUUUGAACGCUUGUAGGGUUACACACGGGGCAUGGGUAGGGCCAGACAACAGGGAUCUUGUUGUAACCACCGCUCAACGAGACGAGAGUUCCCCUGCUUGGGAGGGCGAAGAGGGAGGGGCGCUAUUCUACAUAAGAGGUUGCGACAGUGCUGGUUUACCCAAAUAUGGCUUUGGGGUCGGAUCAUUGUGA